GCCCAUUAAAAUAGCCCUAAGAGGUACCGCAGUUGAAAAAAAAGGAGGCGGCGGCGAUGGAGGCGGAGGUGGAGGGAGACGUUGUAUCAGCUCACCAUAUCAAGAAAAGAUCUCUUAGAAACAAAGCCCUUUCCGUUUCCUUCAGUGAAAAAGACCUCAGUGAUUAUGUGACCGGCUUCCAUAAGAGAAAGAAGAAACGGAGAAAAGAAGCACAAAGUCAACAACAGGAAGCUUUAAGGCGCAAGCGUAUCGAGCUGCGCAAAAAGAGAAAACUAGACAGAGAGUAUGUUCUAUAUGGUGGAGCUGCACCUGAUGCAGAUGGAGAAUCUAAUGUAAAUGAUGAAGAAGCAGAAAAAGAUGAUGAAGAAGAUGAUGAUGAUGAUGAUGAACAUCUAACAUCAGUUUCUGGAACAAAAGUGUAUGACACAGGUAAUGUUAAGGUCAUGGUGACAACAAGCGAGAUCUCUCGCGAAGAUGACUCUGCAGAAUUACCCAAGUUGCCUCUAGGGCCCGAAAAGAAACCGAUUCCACAGGUGAUCAAGAAAAAGCCAAUCAAGAAAGUCGAGAAAAAAAGAUCACGGCCAAAAACCCUAACCAAAAGAGAUAAAAGAAAGGGUAAAAAUUUCGAAAAGAGGCGUUAGCAUUAUUAAAUACUCUCUUUAACUUUAUGGAAUUUUUCAUUAAUUUUCUUAUUUAUAGGCUUGAAAUGGUUGGAAUAUUUCUGAGUAUUAUGCAAAUCACAUUUAUUUAAGCAUAGUGUAAAAUAUGUAGACUUACUUGCAA